AUGUCGCAUCGAGCGCCGCGUCCGCUUCGGCUGUUGCAGUCCUCUUGGAGCCUUGGGUUCGAGCGUGGAAAAGGCUGCACGGCACCAACUAUUGCAGUGUAUAAACCCUCUGGCCUUCCGUACUUUGCCGCAUCACAGGUGGCUGCGUGCAGCGGCGGAAGAGAGUUAUUUUCUGCCUCACCAGGCAACAUGCCGGCAGUGGAGCCAACUGAUGUCAGUGAUUCUCUGCUCAGUAGGAUGACAGACCUGCUGCCACCUGGAAGCGGCACGCCUCGUGUGGUUCUUCCACUCAUUCACCCGGCGUUAUCGCGAUAUGCCACGGCAUCGCAGGUGAAUGCGUUGACGGCGCAACGGAAGGGAACAUCACUUGUUGCCUGCUCACCGCAUGAAUUUAUGUUUCUUCGCAACUGUCACCGACUGCAUCUUGUACGUUCUGUCUAUCGUGUGCUGUGUCGUCUUCCUUCCUGUGUCUCUAUUCGAGUGCGACAGGCCCUAUGUGAAAGAAAUGCGGCCGAACGAACCACAAGGAAUGCCUUUAAGAAUCCUUACGUUCAACAGUUUUUGCGGCGCUCCGGAAGCACCUCGGGUGAGUCCGGUAACAUUUUUCUUGGUACGGACGGGAGUGGGAGUUUGCCUCGGUGUGCCUAUCCGCAUCCAUUGCUACAAGGGGGAUUUAUUAACGUUAAGGAGCGGUGUUUGUUGCCCCAUGGCACCGUUUCUGGAUAUCUCAGUGCUUAUCAAAUUCCACGUGAUGUGCAUGCGAUUGUGAAGAAGCAGCAGCGACUUAAGGCACUUUUUCUGCCACCCAUCGCAACGUCAACUUUGUCCCUUGCGUCUACAUUACCGCAGGCAAUGGAUGUCGUAGCUGGGGACAGUGGCGCAGCAGGGUGUGACAUAUGCCGAAGGAAAAUGACCGGCCAGGAUGAGGCCUCGCCGCACCCCUGGAUUGGGCCUGAGUGCCAAUUGCGGAUUGCGCUUGAUGUGAGGGUUGCGCCAGAGAAGGUGGUGGCGAGUGAGAUGGAGGAUGCUGCGCAGGACAUGGACCACGCCUGUUUCUCGCACCUGGACAAGAAGGGAGGCACACUGUCACCUCAACAGCUGCGGGGGAAACGUGGCGCUUGUCGUUUAGUGGGGAAACCGUUCAAGUUUGAUUUUCGGUUAGUCACGCUCAACAAUGCCUGCGACCUUGCGUUGUAUGAGGUCGGCACCAACAAUGCCUCCGAUGAGGAGGUUAAGGCUGCCUUUGCGGCUGCCAACUUCACAGUCGUCAAUGAUUUUGUGAAUGAUGUUACGCUUGCAGAGGCCAUGCAGGAGGUUGCAGGGGUGCUCCACACGCUGCCGCAGAUACAACUUGCGGACUUGCCAAUGAUCGCUCAACACGUGCUGCGCGAGGGAUCUCCCUUGGAGUUGGUUGCCGAACCACUCCUCGCCACCUCCACGGCAUCCCCUGUGGAAGUUUCUACCGAGUCGCAGGCUGAUGGGUUAAAGCAGCUAGAGCAGGUGUCGGAGCUCACAGGUGUGCAUGGCCGUCGCUAUCGUCUUCUCUUAGAGGCUCUGAGAAACCUAGAAGAUGAGAAGACAUUCUGUCGUGUCGCCCAGUUAGCGUUGGGUGGUGGCCUGGAAUGUACCGCGCUGCACUUUCCCGAUCCAAGGCAGGACGCCAACCUGAAUGCCGUCCAACAUCUUCUUUUGCGAAUGGAAGAGGGAGAGGCGACAGAGGCGUACUGUAAAAAUGUUGCGGAGCGUAUGUCGUUUGUAAGCCGUGGGACCACCGUGGACUGUGAGACAUACGAGACCCUGAUUCACGAUGACGUCGUGCGAUGUCUUCCAUCGCAGCGUGACGUGACGGUGGCGUGGGGUGCUGGACAUCCCACCGUUGUGCGCAGCGAGGAGUGUGGGGAAGUGGGGUGUGCGUAUUGUGGGGAACGUGGCCACGUUUGGAGCGCAUGCCCCGCGGGUGUUCCGUUACUACCAAGUCAGACAGGCUCUGUUGUUGAAGAUGACAAGAAGGGUGGAACGUGCGUCGUGGGUGACACCUUCCUGAUGUCCCGAGACGAGUCCGACGUGGCAGGAAAGGCCUUGGACAACAUGCUCCUGGCUACUGUCGACGACGUGGAAUUUGCCCUUGAGGAUGCCACGAGGCGGCAGGGUAAUGCAAAUGUUAUUUCAAUCCCAAACGUUGCCCCAACGCAGACGUUUAACCCGCAUGCAUGGCGUCGUCACCACCAACGGCCAGCUUUGCACCAACGCCGUUUGCGAUGUGCAUACUGCAGCGGACAGCAUCACAUUACACGGUGUCCGCGGCUCUCCGGUGCCGAGACGGGUGCUCACCCGGGGGGCACGUUAGACACGGAACAGCUUCGUAUGAAUGCAGAGAAACUGUUCUGUAUUAAAUGUGGGGAAUUUGGCCACUUGUAUGAUCAAUGUCCGGCCGUGCCGCGGGGCCUUCACACGGCAACGCAUUGCCCCAUAUGUCUACAACCUCACCGUAAUAUACAACAUGAGCCUUUGCACUGCCCACGUCGCGUCACGCCCCCACAGGACUACCUCGCAAGUGGCGUUCCCGCAGGCCUCGUGCGAAGUGACAAGGGGAGGAGGAAGCCAGCCCAUCACGGGGGUGAUGUCCUCCUUGCGGAUUCCUUUUUAUCACAUAUCUAG